CUUAACCAUUCAGACUCUGUAUAAUACUUAACCAUUCAGAGGCAAAUCUCUUAACCAUUCAGACAUCUGAACCAUUAAGAGGCUGAAACAAACAGUCUGAACCAUUAAGUGCUGAACCAUUCAGACAUCUGAACCAUUAAGAGGCUGAAACAAACAGCCCCUAAGGUGGAAAGGGAAAUAUGGUUCAGUUUUUAUUUAAAUGCUAUGUCAAUUAAUGUAUCAAUUCUUCUCUUUUCUUCCUCCUCCUCCUCCUAUUAAGCCUUUUCGGUCGAUCUACCCCCCCUCAUCCGCCCGAUUCCUUCUCUUCUUUCUUCUUCGCGUUCCUCGAUUUCUCUGGAUCGGACCUUAAUUUCUCUCGGAUCGGACUUUCGAUUUCCCUCGGAUUGUAGCUUGCGCAAGGAAAGAUGUUCUUGGUCGAUUGGUUUUACGGGAUCCUUGCCUCUCUCGGUCUCUGGCAGAAGGAGGCCAAGAUCUUGUUCCUGGGCCUCGAUAAUGCCGGGAAAACCACCUUGCUUCACAUGCUCAAAGACGAGAGAUUGGUUCAACAUCAACCAACACAAUACCCGACAUCCGAGGAGCUGAGUAUUGGGAAGAUCAAGUUCAAGGCUUUUGACUUGGGAGGGCACCAGAUUGCUCGUCGUGUUUGGAAGGACUAUUAUGCUAAGGUGGAUGCAGUUGUUUACUUGGUGGAUGCAUAUGAUAGAGACCGAUUUCCGGAAUCAAAGAAAGAGUUGGAUGCUCUGCUCUCGGACGAAUCACUGGCCAACGUACCUUUUCUGAUAUUAGGCAACAAGAUUGACAUCACAUAUGCUGCCUCCGAAGACGAUCUGCGCCGCGAAUUGGGCUUGUCUAACCUCACUUCUGGAAAGGGAAAGGUGAACCUGUCGGAUUCCAAUGUUCACCCACUUGAGGUAUUCAUGUGCAGCAUAGUGCGCAAGAUGGGGUAUGGUGAGGGCUUCAAAUGGAUGUCUCAAUACAUAAAGUGAUUAGGUGCUUCUGCGAUCCUUUUAUCAUCAUUAUCGUGUUUUUUUGUUUUUCGACGUGCUUUUUUUUAAAUCUUCUUACGGGGACUUACAGUUGAACUUUUUAUGCGUGAAAGCACUGCUGGAUAUCUUUCUCUUCUAAGUUGAUUGAUGAACUUUCGACAUCUCGCCUAAAAUCUGCCUUCUCAUUGUGCUUGUUUGCACUUCACAGAAAGCUCAAGUCUUCUGUUAAUUCUAAGUUCUGGUUUUAAGAAGUUAUAGCCCCAUGGGUUCACUUUGUCAUACUGAUUUGGGAUUAUGAAUGUGAAGUUCAGAAGGUAUGGGUUUAGGCAAAAAGCAAAAUAAGUCAUAUUGUUCCUG